AUGCUGUUCCAUCUGUCGGCCCUCUCCAUCAUCUUGGCUGUCGCCUUUUUGGUGGUAUACUACCGAGCUCGCCUUAUGCCCCUUGCUGCCCGCGUACUCCCAUCAGCCUGGGUCGACAACAUUGUUCAUUACACUCCCCUUGAGACCAGCUCUUUCGCAGACCAGGCCGAGGCGGGGAUGACUUCGGGCAGCUUUGAUGUGGAGUCGAACAAUAUGGGGGAGGGGAGUAGUGAAGGAAGGUUGGGAUUAGAUGCUGCUGGAGUGGAGGAGGUCAGGAGGAUCAUGGCCAUUGAAAGGUGCACAUUUGACAGGGCGAGACUGAUCAGGCAUAACCGUCAUUUGGCCAAGAACGGAAUUGCUCCUGAUGGUACACCCCUGGACAGGAAGGCCAUCACCCAUCUCUGA